AUGCUCACAAACCGGGCGUUUAUUGUACGGCACUCCCUCCUGCCACUUGCGUUCGAGCUGAACCUCGUUGAUUGGUCCUUCUCAUCGGAGAUUCCUGUGGAGCCGGCACGGGUGAUGACUGUUGAGCAGGUGAUGGUGGGGCAGGGCGAGGAAGGUGGAGGAGGGGGAGGAGGAGGAGGACGAGGAGGAGGAGGAGGCGGAGGAGGAGGCGGAGGAGGAGGAGAAGAAGGAGGGGGAGGGGGAGGGGAGGUGGUACAGGAUGGGGAGGUUGUUGUUUUGGACCUGAGGAAUCGGUUUGUGGAUGCUGAUGAGUUCUUCUCACAGCUGGACAAGGCGAUGAACGUGCGCCUGACAUGGAACAGAGGGCUGCUUACCUACUGGCUCGUGCAGAAAGUGGGCUACAAGUGGAGUGAGAGGCUGAGGGACAUGGGCGUGCGUCCUCCCUACAGCUUUGGCUGCAUCCUCCGCUUUCUUCUCAAGCCACGGCCAGAGAUCCUGGCAAAAGCCGAAGCCGUGUACCACCAUUUGUUCUCCCAUCUCGCUUCUUCCUCCACUCCCCCUGCCCUCCUCCAAACACACUCCGCACAUCACCUGAGCAACGGCCAAUCAUCAGCCUCCCAUGCUGCGUCGAGCAGAAGGGUGGUGGUGGUGGGGCUGCACAUGAGAGUACCUGACAGGUUCGUGUGGAAGGGAAGGAGCGGGUUUGGAGAUCCCAAGGUUCUGAACGACACGGAGAGGGCUGACCUCAUGGCGUGGGCUCAGGAAUACAUCGAUUGUGCCCAGAUGCUCGAGGCCUGGUGGAUGCCUCCUCCCAUCAUCGUUAAAUGGCUUGUCAUCAGCAGCUCUCAGGAUCUCAAGACAGCUUUGCGUCUCAAGCGAUGA